AUGGAGGUCCCCACCUUGUUCAAAAUAGCAUUGAAAAAGUGUAUUGUUUAUCAUUGCAAUGCAAGAAUCAAGGUCAACGAAAAUGUUCCUUCAAAACUCAAACAAAUCUUGUUUAAUGGAAUGAUGAAUUCCUUGAAUCCCGUUCACCCGUCCAAUUACACGGUUUUCUCAGUGGAAGAAGUUGAUCUAACUCAUAAGUUGAUUACUGAAGCUGACGUUUCUGAAGUUGCAAAAUGCGACUUGAAAAAACUCAAAAUAAAUUGCAGUUUGCAAAAGUAUCGAUUUGCUAAUCUUGGUGGAUACUACAUUGUUGUUGCAACUUCUUUGUACCAUGGCAAAUGGCUGCACGAGAUUCUGAGAUAUCUGCCGAAUCUCCGGACUCUUGUCUUUGAGCAAGCAAAUAGAACAACGUUUCCAACGCUCUCGAGGACCUUUCAUCAAAUGAAGUCUCUCAAUGUGUCCUGUGAUACUUUGUAUGACAUGAAAGGAAUUUCCUACUUUAUUAAUCUCGAGACGCUCAUCAUGAGGAAUCUAACAGUUUAUCGUCAGGACGAUUUUCAUGAGCUUUUCAAGCUACAAAAUCUCAGGAACCUUGAUUUAUCCAGAUACAAGAAACGCCGUGAUGGAGAAUGUAAAACCAUUGAAUUUAUGGUUAAAGCCGAUGAAAUUCUGCCUAAGCUUGAAUACAUUAAUUGCUCGUACCUGCACAUCAUUGCUGUUCAGUUGGGCGAAUUGUUAAUGCGAAACAACACGAUUCAGAAAAUCUGUUUGUUUGGAACAGACUGCGAAAACAUCGGAGAUAUUGAAGGUGUGACGGUGCUGACUUCAGUGGAUCUGAGAGCAAGUCUGAAACUGCUCCACCAUUUUCACGAACAGGAACAAUUUUCGAUGAUGGACCGCGUGUUUGAAAAAAUCAAGCAAUUCUUUCUGGACGGGAUGGACUACAAUGAGAAUCAAGAGUUGUUGACCACUUGUUUCAAAACGUUUGUCAAUCAUAUAGACAACACGACACCGACUGAAGCUUUGGCGAGGACUGACGUGUGCUCUGCGAUAAAAUGCUUGGUGACAUAUUGCACUCUCUACAAUGAGAACGUCACUCAAACGCAAAGAAGCCAAAUCGCCCAAAUUUUGUUGGAGAGUCCAACAGAAGGAUUCAAAUGCUACUGGGAGCUGUUCACUGGCGCCAAGUUGCACACAGUACCCGGAUUGAAUGUUAUUGGUUAUUACCAGAAAGUGGUUGCGCACAUCUCUGCCGGUUUAGGGGACGGUUCAUGGGACGAAAGAAAAGUUGAAUGUGUCGAGGACUUGCUUAACGGAUUGCAAACGAUAAAUGCGUUAUAUCCCAAAUUGGAUGAACAAUCGAGGAGGCAAAUCACAGAGAUUCCAAGUCUUCUCCCUGUAUUCGAUCUAAUCUUCGUCGAAUGUAGCGAGUUAGUUGAAAUAUGGAACGGUCGUCGACCACUCAACAAUGUGUAUCACCUUUUCGAUCUGGUGUGCACCGCUCUUCGAAACAUCAUAUCCGGAUGGGAUCUACGUCCCGAAGAGUACGAACAGCUACAUCUUUCAUUGCUGGAAGUUUUUGCACAAAAUCCUAACCAUCCCAUCAUGGUAAAUUCGUUAACAGGACUCAUUGAAAUCGUUCGAAACCGAAUGCACUAA